GUGGCUUCCUGUUGUUUCAGAGAGCCUUCCUGCAAAAAGGUCUAGAUAUGUAAUCCUUACACACCAGGGAAGACGAACAGAGAAUAAGUAGACAAAAUGACAGUCACUAGAUUCUCUCUGGUGCCGUAUGGGUGUUUCGUUAUUCUUAUCUGGGGAUGCACAACAGUGGUCUGUCUGGUCAAUGAAGGGGCAACUGUGCAGCCGGUUACAGUACAUGGUUACCAUUCAACGGCUCACGUAAAAACUUAUGCAACUGGAAGCACAGACAUGCCAAUUGCUUGUGGAAUGACUUCUGACAAAUGUAUGGCCUUAUGCUCCUACUGUUUACAAUCUUUUUCUGGAAGUCAAAUGGCUUGCCUGUCCGUACUUUUACAUCCUAUAUGUCAGACCCGUUUUGAGAAUGAAAUGGCAUUACUAAACAACACUGACUGGUGCAUCUGGGCCAAGGUGAGCAGUUUGUAUAGCAACUUAAGCCUUUGCACAGAGGAUCUAUCUGACUGUCUCCAGAUUCCAUGGCCCAACCCACUGGUGGAAGAAAUCUUUGUGGAUAUUCACUCCAAUUUUUUCAAGGAUUGCCCCACAGAAGAGUUCAGUGACCCGCCACCACCCAUUGUUUUUGCCCUGGUGUUCAUUCCCAUCUGUCUGAUACCGGUCAUGGUUAGCCUGGUGGUGCUCAAGACCAAAAACGGGGAUGGCAGCUCCUAACCAUUCAGGAUUCUUUCUCUGCUCACAGUUACUGUGAAGGUCCUUUGAUGUCCUUUCAGUCCCAACCUGAGAACUGCUUGUUUGUGCACAGAGCGCAGCUGCAUCUUCAUCUCGCCGGUGACUUUGCAGAGGACUGAAUCUCUGGAGAAUCUCUGAUAACUUUCAGAAUUUAUCCACCUCCUCUGAGAGACAAUAACAGCUUGUUUUUUGUGCCACCACAAGAAUAAUUGUCUAUAAAAAGACUUACUCAUAUCCAUCAAGACUCGAUAUGGCUAAAUCUAUGCCCCGUACACAAUACUGUAUCUUAUUUACUGUAUGGUUGUGACAUUUAUUUUCACUCACCUGAUUUGAACCACUUUGCACUCAUUUUUUUAGAAAAGAGAGCUUCAUUUGAAAUAGAGGGCGUGCUAUCAGGGUUAUUUAUGAUGACAAAAGCUACGGCUUGCAAAUGUACUAAAAGGGAAAUACCAAAUGACAAAGUAUUCUUUCUUUAGAACUGCUUAACUUUUCCAAUGCAAAUGUUAGGUGUUUUAUUUAAAUGACAAAUUAGAAAAGGUUUCGGAGGAUGUGUGGAAAUUCACGCAUAUUUUGUCUGAAUUGGAUAAAGAUGUGCAUGUGUCAUGUCUACAUGUGCGUGGGGAGAAAAGGAAAAUAAGUGGUCUAAAGCAGAUUCUAAUGAAUCUGUUUAUGUGAGUCAGCAUAUAGGAAAUGUAAGGUUAGAGGUUGCAGAUGGGACACAAUGAAUGGGUGUGACCGGCGGGGCAGACCUCCUGUUAGUGUUUUUCAGAUAUCCUGAUGUCUGUCACCUCUCCCUUCUGUUUGAAAAGAGUUGAAUUAAGUGAUUUCAAUUUUAUUUACAUUCGGCCAGAAACAGAACUGUCCUUUUUUUUUAUAGUGAUAAACACUGAGUAACGACAAAAAGAUUUAAAAAACUAUCUUUGACUUGCAUAAUGUGUAUGGUUAUACAUUGUUUAAUUUCAAAUGACGAUAAAGCAGGUAUGAGUGCUUUUAGAGAAACAAAAUGUGUAUUUAUAUUGGUUGUUAUAAUGCUGUUAUUGUAAGAAUAUAGUCUACAUAUUGUUUGAGACAGUAUGCCCUCCUAAAAAUCAUUGAAAUAUACACAUUAAACAUUGAAUAUACACAUCUAUCUAUCUAUCUAUCUAUCUAUCUAUCUAUCUAUCUAUCUAUCUAUCUAUCUGUAUUAUAUAUAUAUUUAUACAUGGUAAAAGGUUGCCUCACGCUGGUGACGGUACUGGUUUACAAGCUUUAUUUUAUUAAACACUCUUUCC